UACCCUUAUAAUGAAUCAGCGAAUUAUACUGAUAUUAUUGUACGUCUCAAGGUGACUUGGGGAUUAAAAGCUCUCAUAAUUAUGUUUGAUGGAAUUAUCUUGGUAAUUGGUUCAAAUUUACUUGAUGGUAUAAAAGGAACUGUAGAUAAAGAAACUCCGCAAAUCUUAAAAAUUAUUCUACUCAGCAUCAUGAAGUUCCUUAUUUUACCUUUGCUUGUUGCAGUGAAUUAUCUAGAUCACAAUGACUCAGCUAAGCAAUUAGGUCCAGAAAUUAUUUACAAUGUUACCUUCAACGCUGAAGCGAUUCCUUCAACCAACGAGACACAAUUUUUACAUAUUAUGGCAUCAAAUUUAUCAUCACAGUUGAGAUGCCGAUAUCAGAAGCCAGACAAUUUUAAUUGUCAUUUAGAAAAAUCUAAAAUGAUACUCAGUUAUCGAAACUUGACACACACAGACACUUAUGUUGCUAGCACAGAAGCUCCUGAUGAAUACAGCCGGUUAACAUUUUCAAUAAAAUUCAACGAAUUAGGAAUUGAAAAAUUAAUAGUCCCGACUUCAAUAGCUCCAUCAUCCUUGGAUAAGAUACGAUACAUUAUUAACCAAUUUCAUACUGGAAUGAACUUAGUCGGAAAACCUGAUGGAGCUUACAGAGUAUCUGAAAAUUUUACGACUGGUAGUUGUUUGACUGAUUUUUAUGUGCAAUUGGACGAUUUGAUGGAGCAUACUAACAAAGAAAAAACUGGAAAAUAUAAAAUGUGGAGUCCUAACAACAGAGUUAUUAUUGACAAGAUAAGGGAUUUGAAAAACUGUAAAAUAGCUGCACCAUAUUUCUUCGAAAGUCGUGAAAGCUGGUUAAAGGAGCCUAAAAUGUCGAUAAAAAUGGAAUCUUCGAAGAGUAGGAUCAUUGCGGAUCAUUCAACAUUCAUUUCUUCAACAGAAACAACUAUGACUUUAUCCGUCUUAAAAAAUCCAACAGGAGAAUUAAAGCUACGUGAAAAUGUGACAAUUAUCUAUGAUUCAGUAGUUCCGGCUAAAGAUAAUUUUCCAGAGAUUAAGAAUCCCGCAUGUGCUGGAAUAGUUACAGGGAAAUGGUUUUAUGAUGAUGGUGAUUCCGAAGAAAAUAGUGACCAGAUGGAGGACAAACCUGAUAGUGAUGAGUUUAUGAAAUAAUUCAAGUCUUUUGGAUCAUUACCAAAUUUUGGGUUUAGAAGUAUUUAAAAACAACUGAAUGUAUACAAACCACAGUAAAUAUUUUUAUUUAAUUUUUAAUCAUCGAUCAGGUCGAAAUCAGACCAUUAAACAUGAUUGUUUUUAGCUGUGGUUAAUAAGCAUGAUUGCUAAUUCUGUAUCCAAGUUAUGAUAUAUGUUUAUAGAUGAUUUAUAUAUUAUUAUCAUUUGUUAAAAUAUAGAAAUAUAAGUUAGAAACUUCAAUUGAAGUAUUAAAAUUUAACAAUUAUCAAUAAUUAAUAUUAAUCGAUGUUAGUUGUUGACAUUGUUAAUGAAAAAAAUAAAACAAAACAAA